AUGGCUCGUUUGAGAGGAUCUUCCAUCUUCCAUGUUUUGCUGCUAGCAGCAUUAUUAUUACCAGAGUUUCUGUUGGCUGGCCCUGUGACCCAGCAUUUAAAAGGAGAUGAUGGAAGUGAGGAAAAGGCAGGCUUUGAAGCAGUUCCAAAGAAACUAAUCCGCAACAGGAGAAACAUCAGUUGGUACAAGCAGCACUCUGACUUCUGGAGCUGGUACAAAUACUUCACUGACAAUGGGAACCAAGAGGGAGUUGCAGAGCUGGAUCGUGUCUAUCUUGCAUACUUGCAGAACAAGAAUCGGGCUGAGGCACGUCAUUCCUACAAGCUGUACCUGCAGCACCUUAGUGACAUCUACAAAUCUUGUGCCGAGUCUGAUGACUCAAAUUGUGUGGCCUCGUACACCAACAGACCCAAACCCAAAGCUGAGGCACCAGUGCCUGCCCCAGUCAAGUCUUGUGACCCUUACAGAGACCCAUACUGCUUGUACUCGAAGGGAUACUCAUAUUACCCAUACAUGGCUCCAGCCCCAGCCGCUGUCAAAGCCCCUGCACCUGCCCCAGUCAAAGCCCCAGCCUACAUCCACACGCCUGUGGUGAAGGAUCCACGUUCUGGUUACUACUACUACUCUCCGUUGGUGCAACCCUUCCUGCCAGCCGAGCAGAGGGCCGAGCUGUUGCGCAUCUGUGACGCCGAGGAUGUCGAGUGUCUUCAGUACCACCUCCGUGCUGCUUACGGAUACAAGCCCGCUGCUGCCCUAGCCCCAUCCUACGCCCAUCUCGGCUGUGACCCUAAGGCCGAUCCUCACUGCAUCCCCCAUCUGGUCCAGAAGGCGCCAUCUGGUCUGUACCUGCGUUAUCCCCAUUGUGACCCUCGAGUUGACCCAUACUGUGCUUAUGCUGCUGCUCUGGCAUCCUCACAAAACCUUGAAGCCCCUUCUUCUGGCUUGGAGAGACCCUGCAACCCUCUCUACGAUGAUAACUGCAACCCUCUGACAGCCACAAGGUUUGGCAGCCUGGCUCCUGAAGAUCUGAAGGACGAGCCCGCCUCUGAAGCCGGUGCCAUGCGGGCACCUCCGAGCCCUCGUCGCGACCCUUAUGCCAUGCACCGAGAUGCAUCUGCUGGGGCUGACCUGCGAAGACACCUGCCUACACAUCUCCAACCUCCAAGGCACCAACCAGAGGAACCUCAACAUCCUCUGGGACCCAGAGGGAAGACCAAGGAGGGAUAUGACUGUUUCAUCGGGUAUGAUGAAGAGUGCUUCCCACUGGGUUUCCAAAACGAGCACCGUCCUGCUGUGCACAGACAGCCGUCCAACCCAACUGAAGCCUACGAGCCCCACCUGAAUGUCGAUGGAACCAGGAAUGGAGUGAUCGAACCUGAUCCUGACUGUGACCCAGAGUACGACAGAAACUGCCGCUUGCGCCGCUACAAACCUGAGGUGGCCGAACCCGCCAGUCCAUCACCUCAAGAGGAGUCAGCCCAGGAGGAAUCCCACCGUGAGCAGGUCCCUCAGCAUAGAGAAGAGUCCUACCCUGAGGCCCCAAGCUAUGACCAGCAGCAAUAUGAGCCCUACAUGAGCAGACAAGAGGAUCCAUAUGCCAGAUACGGCCCCCAGGAACCAGGAGCGACUAGCUUUCAGGAUGUCCUGAGAGGAUACGGUGGUCGGUAUCCUGGUCAGGAUGACCACCGUGCCUACAACGGAGACUACAGAAAGAAAUAA